UGUCUAGAAAAGUGCAAUGUGAAAACCUGUCUCCAUACAUGGUUUGUGAGCCUGUAGGUGACCGGCCUGUGACGUACAAGAGAAAGGUGGCAUUUAGCGGAGGGCACGGGGCAGAGAACUGCUUGUGAAUUACCUGGACUUUGUGAGAUAUUUUGUUCUAAGAGGACGACAUGAGGCUGGCACCCAGAGAGCUGGACGGGCUCCUCAUCUUUCAGGCAGGGAGCCUGGCCCAGAGGAGGCUGGCCCGGGGGGUCAGGCUUAACCAACCAGAAGCUGUAGCGCUCAUAUCCAUCGUGCUGCAAGAACUGGCCAGAGACGGGCAACGAGUAACAGAUCUGAUGGAGAAAGGGAGGCAACUCCUCGGGUUAAACCAGGUCAUCCCAGGGGUGGAAGACAUGGUGAGCGAGGUCCAGAUCGAGGCUACAUUUCCUGACGGCACCAAACUGGUGACUGUCCACAAACCUAUUGUCCGACAACAUGGCGACCUGAGUCUGGCAUUGUACGGGAGUUUUCUGCCAGUUCCUGAGAUCACAACCCUAACAGCAGACCAGAACGGACACAAUGACGUCAGCCAUAACUUGAUCACGUGUCCUGUUGACGUCACACCCGGUGAACUCCUGGUUAAAGAAGGGGAGAUCACUAUCAACAAGGGCAGGGAAUCCAUUCUCUUAGACGUCACAAAUUACUGCGACCGUCCCAUUCAGAUUGGAAGCCACUACCACUUUAUUGAGACCAACAAAAACUUAACCUUCGACCGUGAGGCGUCCUAUGGGAAAAGACUGAACAUCCCAGCAGGUACGGCCGUGAGAUUUGAACCAGGUGCUAUAAAGACAGUUCACCUUGUGGACAUUGCUGGUAAAAGGAUUGUUCGCGGUGGAAACAAUUUAUGUGAUGGGGAGAUUAACAAGGACAACAUAGACUGUGUGAUGAAGAAAGUUUUGACCUUGAACUUCGGACAUAAAAAACAGGAACUGAUUGAAAAGGGUAAACCAGAGACAAUGACACGUCAUCUGUAUGCCAACACCUUUGGUCCAACACUUGGUGAUAAGGUACGACUAGGUGACACAAGUCUUCUGGUCGAAGUGGAGAAGGAUUUUACAGUCUAUGGGGACGAAUGCAAAUUUGGUGGUGGCAAGGUGCUGAGAGAUGGAAUGGGUCAGGCAUCAAGACUGGCCAGUGGUCAAGCUCUGGACACUGUCAUCACUAAUGUUUUAAUCAUUGAUGCUGUCACUGGAAUUGUCAAAGCUGAUGUUGGCAUCAAGAAUGGUCGAAUAGCUGGCAUUGGCAAGGCUGGGAACCCUGACGUCAUGGAGGGAGUGGAUAAGAACCUGGUUGUUGGGACUGGCACAGAGGCCAUCGCAGGUGAGGGUCUGAUCCUGACAGCUGGUGCCCUGGACACCCACGUCCACUUCAUCUGCCCCCAGAUCAUCAAGGAGGCCAUCGCUUCUGGCACCACUACCUUGAUUGGUGGGGGCACCGGCCCCGCUACUGGCACUAACGCCACUACCUGCUCGCCUGGGGCCAAUCAUAUUAAACACAUGAUGCAAGCAACUGAUGAGUUUCCCCUCAACUUUGGCUUCACUGGGAAGGGAAAUACUUCCGACACAGAGAAAGUUCCAGAUGAAUUGUGGGAACAAAUUGAAGCUGGAGCUAUGGGGCUAAAACUCCAUGAGGACUGGGGCAGCACACCUGCGGCUAUUGAUGCAUGUCUAAAUGCAGCAGAGAAGGCAGACAUACAGGUGAUGAUACAUACAGAUACUCUAAAUGAAUCUUCUUGUGUGGAGCACACAAUUGAAACCUUCAAGGGGAGAGCAAUCCACACCUACCACACAGAAGGCGCUGGUGGUGGCCACGCCCCUGAUAUCAUCAGAGUGUGCGGUAUCAAUCAAGUGCUGCCUUCAUCCACCAACCCCACCCGCCCCUACACUGUCAACACAUUGGACGAGCAUCUGGACAUGCUCAUGGUGUGUCAUCAUCUGGACAAAAAUUUAAAAGAAGACGUGGCAUUUGCGGAGUCCAGAAUCCGUGCGGAGACCAUAGCAGCAGAAGACAUUUUACAUGACCUUGGUGCCAUUAGCAUAAUGGGGUCGGACUCGCAGGCAAUGGGCCGUGUAGGGGAGGUAAUAACAAGAACUUGGCAGACGGCUGACAAAAUGAAGUUAUUCAGGGGCAAACUAACAAGUGAAAAGGGAGACAAUGACAACAUGAGAGUGAAAAGAUUUAUUGCUAAAUAUACAAUUAACCCAGCCAUUGCGCAUGGAGUCUCAGAGCUAGUAGGAUCAGUUUCUGAAGACAAACUGGCAGAUUUAGUCCUCUGGAAUCCUGCAUAUUUUGGUGCCAAGCCUGACCUCAUUUUAAAAGGAGGUCAAAUAGCCUGGGCUCAGAUGGGUCUGGCCAACGCCUCCAUCCCCACCCCUGAGCCCGUCAGACAAAGAAAAAUGUUCGGAGCUUACGGCAAGGCUGUUGGACCUCAGUCGUACGUUUUUGUCAACAAGGUGGCCAUUGAGGGUGGAAAACUUGAGAAUUAUGGGAUAUCCAAACAGUUUUAUCCUGUAUCCAACUGUAGGAACAUUGGCAAGUCAGACAUGAUAUUCAAUGACUUUUGUCCAAACCUGGAAGUGGACCCGCAGAGUUACUCUGUCAAAGUUUCAAACGGCAAGAAGAUGACGGAACUUCUUACCUGUCCCCCUGCUGACAGGCUGUCUCUGGCACAGAGAUACUUCCUGUUUUAAGACAGCUGAGACAGAGACUUCCUGUUUUAAGACAGCUGAGACAGAGACUUCCUGUUUUAAGACAGCUGA